UUAAGGGUCUGGAGUUCCCUCCUCUUUUAUAAAGGUGGAGGGAGAGACUCAGGGGCUCAGAGACACAUUUGGUCUCAGGAUGGCUAUCACUGUUCUAACUACUGCAACACACUCAGGGAGCUAACUGGAACCUUCCAUCGCUACUGCUCUUCUCCAACGCCUGGCACAAACCUCGUCUUUGGACAAGGAUACCUGGAUCUGCAGCACACAAAAGGCUUUGAAUUGAGGGACAAUGCUGUUCCAGAGUGUGACCUGGCUCCUGAUGGGAGCAGGGUGGUUUGUUGUCUUGGCUCAGGACUACCGUGAAGUAAGAACAGAGAACAAGAGAGCAAGAGGCAAUGGAGUCCGACCGCAAGCUGCUGCAGCCUCUUUAACGAAUGGCCAACCACAUAAUGGUCAAGCCAUUUUAGAUGAAGACUGCAGUCUGGAGCUUUCCUUUCUGCUGGACAGCUCUGAGAGUGCCAAGGAGAACCACGAGCAGGAAAAACGCUUUGCGAUCGACGUGGUGGACAGGCUCCGGGCUGUGCGCCUGCAGACGGGCCGCAGGCUGAGCUGGAAGGUGGCCCUGCUUCAGUACAGUAGUCACGUCAUCAUCGAGCAGACCUUUAAACAGUGGAAAGGUACGGAGAACUUCAAGUCCCUCAUCGCCCCCAUCAUCUACAUCGGCCAUGGCACCUAUACCACCUACGCCAUAACCAACAUGACCCAGAUCUACCUGGAGGAGUCCAGCCCGGGCGGCAUUAGGGUCGCCGUGCUGCUCACUGACGGCAUUUCCCACCCGAGGAACCCGGACAUCUUCUCAGCUACCGCCGACGCCAAGAACCAGGGUGUGAAGUUCUUCACGGUGGGCAUCACCCGGAAAGCCAAUGAGCCGGCCAACGUGGCCCAGCUGCGUCUGUUGGCCAGCUCUCCGGCCUCCCGAUACCUCCACAACCUUCAGGAUACUGACAUUGUCGAGAAAGUCCUCACAGAAAUUACUGACCUGGCUGAUGAAGGGUGUCCCCUGGCCCAACGAUGUGCCUGUGAGAAGGGCGAAAGAGGGCUUAGUGGCCCAGCCGGGAAAAAGGGUCGGCCAGGAGAUGACGGAAUCCCUGGUCUUAAAGGAAAUAAGGGAGAGGGGGGACUGAGUGGACUUCCAGGUCGGGACGGCAUAGAGGGAAAAGCUGGUUACAAAGGAGAGAUGGGCGACAGGGGCGAGUGUGGCACCCCAGGAAUAAAAGGAGACAGGGGACCUGAGGGACCUGUAGGCACCAGAGGAAUCAGAGGGCUCCAGGGUUUACCUGGACCACAGGGGGACAUUGGACCUGAGGGCCCUCAGGGAAAGAAGGGUGACCGAGGUCCAGUCGGCCCACCCGGAAUUCAGGGAGAAACUGGAACUGGACUUCCUGGACCAAAGGGUGAACUGGGACUCCAAGGAAGACCAGGACCACUUGGCCCACCAGGGUUAGGGGAACCAGGCCAACCAGGGCCUCAAGGGCCACCAGGUGUUCAAGGUGAGAAAGGUCCCCAAGGCGAGGGGCUCCCUGGUGCAAAGGGAGACCGGGGCUUGGCCGGACCGAGGGGGCCCAGAGGACAGACGGGGGCAGGAAUCAAAGGAGAGAAGGGUGAGUUUGGGUCUCCAGGUCAUCCAGGCCUCACAGGACUUACAGGAGCAGGCAUCCAGGGGGAGAAGGGAGUGGAGGGUCCCAGAGGUCCACCUGGAGGCAGAGGGCCCCCGGGGGAGGGCUUACCAGGAGCUAAGGGUGAUCAAGGUUUACCUGGAGAGCUUGGAGCUACAGGGGAGAGAGGUAUUGGUGAGCCAGGAGCAAAGGGUGAGCCUGGUGCCUCUGGCCUUGGGGGCAUACCUGGUCUUCCAGGAGAGGAUGGGGCUCCCGGACAGAAGGGUGAGUCGGGUGUUCCUGGUCAGAGAGGGCCUGAAGGGUCAGCAGGGAUCGGCAUCCAGGGGGAGAAGGGAGACCAGGGUCAGAGGGGCAUUCGUGGGCUACAUGGACCUCCUGGCAUAACCGGACCCUCAGGAGCAAAGGGCGAGCCUGGUACACCGGGCCGACUGGGCAUGCCAGGACUACCGGGGCGUGCCAUUGCAGGCCCUAAGGGUGAUCUAGGCCCAGCUGGUCCCUCUGGGCCUAUUGGAGAGACAGGCUAUGGGCUGCCUGGACCAAAGGGUGACCGUGGUAAUCCUGGUCCACCGGGGCAGUUUGGACCCAAAGGUGAAGGUUUUCCUGGUCCUGUGGGUCCCCCAGGGUUUCCAGGGCUGCAGGGAGAACCUGGCCCUGAGGGGGUUGGCAUCCCAGGACCUAAGGGAGACAUUGGCUUCAGAGGGUUGCCAGGUUUGCCAGGCCCAACAGGAGAGGGUGUGCAAGGACCACCGGGAAACACUGGACGACCAGGACUUCCUGGUCCAAUAGGGCCCCCAGGGGAAGGUCUGCAGGGCCCCAAGGGCGAGCAGGGAUCUCAGGGUGUGACAGGACCAAGAGGACCCCCAGGGGAAGGACUACCAGGAGCUAAGGGUGACCGUGGCUUGCAAGGCGAGAGAGGAAUGAAGGGUGUACAUGGGGAUAUGGGAGAAGCCGGAGUUCCUGGCGAUGCUGGGAAGCCAGGCAUAAAGGGCGAACAAGGGCUUACAAGAGAAGACAUCAUUAAAUUGAUCAAGGAAAUCUGUGGAUGUGGGGUCAAGUGCAAGGAGAUGCCAAUGGAGCUCGUAUUUGUCAUCGACAGCUCAGAGAGUGUUGGUCCGGAAAACUUUGAAAUCAUCAAGGACUUUGUUACAGCCUUAGUGGACCGUACCACUGUCGGACGUAACGCCACCAGAAUUGGACUGGUCCUGUACAGUCUGGACGUCCAUCUAGAGUUUAACCUGGCUCGCUACAUGACCAAGCAGGAUAUCAAACAAGCCAUCAGAAAAAUGCCCUACAUGGGUGAGGGCACCUACACUGGCACUGCCAUCCGGAAAGCCACCCAGGAUGCCUUCUACAGUGCCCGCACGGGGGUCAAGAAGGUGGCCAUUGUCAUCACAGAUGGACAGACAGACAAACGGGAGCCUGUGAAGCUGGACAUUGCUGUGCGGGAGGCUCAUGCUGCCAACAUUGAGAUGUAUGCCCUGGGGAUUGUCAACACCUCAGAUACAACCCAGGAAGAGUUCCUCCGCGAGCUCAAUCUAAUUGCCUCAGAGCCUGACAGUGAACAUAUGUACCUUAUCGAUGACUUCAACACUCUACCAGCUCUGGAGUCAAAACUUGUUAGCCAGUUCUGUGAGGAUGAGAAUGGAGCCCUGGUGUUGAAUCGCAUCGCUACCAACUUUGGAAUCAAUGGGAAUAAUGGACAUGGACAAGGGAAUAACAGAUAUGGACAAGGGAAUAACGGAUUUGAACAAGGGAAUAACGGAUUUGGACAAGGGAAUAACGGAUUUGGACAAGGAAAUAAUGGAUUUGGACAAGGGAAUAACAGAUAUGGACAAGUAGACAGCGGCAAUGCAAACGUCAAUCAUAAGGAUCAUAGCCUGAAUCCUGUUAGACACUCCAGUAGCCAGAGUCACGUCAGAAGCAGAGGAGAUAACUUUGCUCUGCCCCUCAAUGCUGGACCAUUGCCAGUGCAGAUGGAGGAAGAUGACGAGGGGGAAGAUUUAAACAUACGCACCCACGUGCGAGUAGGAACUGUGGCUGUGGUAAAUAAAACCGUAUCCAUCCUGCCUGGGAGGGAAGGUUCCCCCUCCAAUACAGGUUUCUCAUCAUCAGAAUCAUCAUCAUCCUCUGAAAUAUCGGGUUCAGCUUCAUCGUCCAGUCGAAAUCAUGCUGUAUCAAAUCCUGUUCAUAAUGCCAUUUUCCCCCAAGAUUCCGUCCCACUCAAUCCCAGCUGUAACAUGAGUUUGGACCAAGGCACCUGUCGAGAUUAUAGUGUCCAGUGGUACUACGACAAACAUGCCAAUUCAUGUGCACAGUUCUGGUAUGGAGGCUGUGAAGGAAAUGCCAACCGCUUUGAAACAGAAGAUGAAUGCAAGAAGAUCUGUGUUCUAUCUAGAACAGCUGGUUGAAACAUGCAGGUGAUCAAUCAACUCAUGUGAACAAUCUAUGGAACGGAAUCAAUAACAACAGUGGACAUUUCUAAAAAUUGUGUAUUUUACAACAGGCAUAUAUAAUUGGAAAUAGCUUUAUUUUGUAGCUUUCUGUCCCUAUCUUUUCAGAAGUUGUAAAGAAUUGUGAAGGGACAUGCCACUUGUAGAGUUCAUGAAGUUGCCUUUUUUCCAAAUGGAUGGGUAUCUGAACAUUUUUGUAAAUGAACAAGUCUUUAUGUAUUUAUGGAAGUCUGAAUUUGAAGAAAAUAUAUUAAUUCUAUGGUAACUGUUUUAUUACAUUUGAAAAGAGGUCCUAGCUUACUCGUAUUAUAAUGAUAUUGCAAAUUUACUAAUCCAUUCAAUACAUCACUCUUACUCAAAAUUACCUUAGGGCUUUGUCUGCACUGAAAAACAGGGAUGUGUUCAAACACAGCUUUUGUUAUUUUAGGUUUACAUGAGAAAAGCAUCAACAAAGUAAAUUCUCAAACCGUUGAGCCAUUAGUACAUUAUGCUGCUUCACAUUGAAUAUAUUACACAUAUUGUCUUUUACCUUCUAUAAUACAUUUUGAAGUACAUUGUUUUUUAAGAUGCUGUAAUUAUUUUCAGUAUAAUAAAUGAAUUUGUCAAGUUUGGGCCAAGUUUGGGCUACAACUGACAGUAUACAAUUUACUAUGCAUUUUCUCCAGUGUUUUCAUGAUGGUUGUAAAUUGUACGUACAUCAUUGUUAAUAAAAAACAAAACUUUGAUAUGAAUCAC